GGCGCGGGGCCUGCCGGGAGGUGUAGGCGGAUGACCCGUCCACCGCGGGGCAUGCUGGGAGAUGUAGGCGCCUCCCGGCCUAGGCCCGAGCAGGUGCUGUAAAUCUUGGAUCCUCUGUCCCCAGGGCAGGCAUGGCUGGGUGCCGAGGAUUUGUCUGAUGGUUCCCAGGCCGUGCUGAUGCUGCUCUGCCAGAAGAGAGAUGGGGAAAAGAUACUUCUGUGAUUACUGUGACAGGUCCUUUCAGGACAACCUUCACAACAGGAAGAAACAUCUCAAUGGAGUGCAGCAUCUCCGGGCUAAGAGAGUUUGGUACGACUUAUUCCGAGAUGCUGCCGCUAUCCUGCAAGAGGAGCAAACCAAGAAACCUUGUCGGAAAUUUCUGCAAACAGGACAGUGUGACUUUGGGUCCAACUGCAGAUUUUCCCACAUGACAGAGCAGGACCUGGAGAAGCUGAGUGCCCAGGUUCAAGGGGAGCAGAGAUUGAAGGAGCUGCGGCAGGAGGGAGCAGAUGUCCCACUUGGCACCAUAGAGGACUGGCUGGAGAAGAGAGCAAAGAGACUGAGCACAACUCAGAGUAACAGCGCUCUGCCCGAGAAACCAGCACCUUUCCAGUACCCGCCAGGCUGGCCUCCAGUGCAGGAUCUUCCCCCAUCCCUGCAGGCCCCCCCACCCGGAGGGUGGCCAGUCCCCCCCAACCUGCAGUGGGGCUGAGGCACAGGGACCCCAGAGGUCGUGCCGGAGAUGGACUUCUUCCUUGCCUGCUCUAAGAAGGGGACAGAAUUAUUUAUAUAUGCUUUUAUAUCAAUAAAAGCCUUCCCCCCUGUUGCA